UGGGACCUCGGGCAAGUCACUUCACCUCUCUGAGUCUCAAAUGUUAAGAGAAGAAAUUGUACAAGAUAAGUGGUUCUCAGACAUUUUUGUCUCAGGACAUUCUUUACACUCUUAGAAAUUAUUGAGGACUAUAGCAAGCUUUUGUUGAUGUGGCUUAUGAUUAUUGAUACUUACCCUAUUAGAAAUUAAAACUGAAAAAAUUUUAGAUACUUGUUAAUUCAUUUUAAAAUGACAAAAACAAAUUUAUAUUAACACCAAUAAUGUUUUUCAAAGAAUAGCUAGAUAUAAAUGAAGUAAAAAGAGUGACUUUUAAAAAUUAUGUAUUUGCAAAUCUCUUUAAUGCCUGGCUCAAUAGAAGAUGGCUGUAUUCUCAAGUCUGCUUCUGCACUCAAAUUGUAGCUGAAUCACAUGUCAUGUAGUUUCUGGAAAAUUCCAUUGUUCACUUGUGAGAGAAUGAGAGUGAAAAAGCAAAUGCAUGAUAGUAUUAUUAUGAAAAUCAUUUUGACCUCAGAAACCCUGCGAAAGGGUCACAGGGACUGCCAGGGGUCCUUGGAACAUACUUUGAGCAUCUCUGGACAUGAUGAUCUUUAAGACCCCAAGCGUUCGUGUCUAUAGAGGCUGGGGUGCUUGGGACAGAAGGCGGAGUCAGGAGCGCGUGUCUGUCCAUCCCCACCGCCUCCACCCCAGCUUCGACUUCGGCCACCAACUACAGACACCUCAGCCCAGGUAUUUGGCUGAGGGCACUGACUGGGAUCUCAGUGUGGACGCCGGCUUGAGUUCUGCUCAGUUCCAGGUGCGGCCCGUCCCUCAGCACUAUCAGCAUUACCUAGCAACUCUUCGAAUGCACCAUUUCCCCCGAAACUCCUCCUCCACGCAGAUGGUCGUCCAUGAAAUCCGCAACUACCCUUACCCUCAGCUUCACUUCCUUGCUCUCCAGGGACUGAACCCCAGCAGACACACCUCCGCUGUGCGGGAGAGCUAUGAGGAGCUGCUGCAGCUCGAGGACAGGUUGGGAAACGUGACUCGGGGAGCAGUACAGAACACCAUCGAGAGGUUCACCUUCCCCCACAAGUACAAGAAGCGAAGACCCCAGGAUGGGAAGGGCAAGAAGGAGGAGGGAGAGGAGUCAGACACCGAUGAGAAAUGCACGAUCUGCCUGUCUUUGCUGGAAGAUGGAGAAGAUGUGAGGCGCCUCCCCUGUAUGCAUCUCUUUCAUCAACUGUGUGUGGACCAGUGGCUCGCCAUGAGCAAGAAAUGCCCCAUCUGCCGAGUGGACAUUGAGACACAACUGGGAGCCGACAGCUGAGGGAAGAAGCAGCCAGUGGACACCCCAUUUUCCUUCACCAGGUCCCCCCACGGCCAUAGCCCUUGCAGCCAAACUUUGCCUUCUGAGCCAUUUGAUGUAGAGGAGAAGCCUGCAAGCACAUUUUUGUGGAAAGAGGAGUUGGUGGUAAUCUGAGUCCGAGGAAAGGAGGGGGUGGGGGGAGGCCCGCCCAUGCAGAGUGGUGACUGCCCCGUCUGUCCGUCCGUCCGUCCGUCCAUCCGCCUGCUGCGCGGGAGGGAGGGAGCUGGCGUUGCCCGGAGCAGGGACGGGAAGGGGGGGCCACGCUGCUGAGAGUCUAGAGGCGUUCCUGCAGGUCCCAGCUCACAGCCCGGCCCCUCGAUCCUGUCCUUUGAAGGAUUGUAUAUAUACCUCUCGACCACGUAGAAACCAUGUAGGGGUCUCUAGCUAUUUCUGUGGAUGGCAGCCAGAGCAUGUUAGCUUCAGAAAAAAAUGUCGUGUGUGGUGCUCCAGUCAUCUGUGGUGGACAUGUCGCUGUUACCGAAUCUGCACCAAAUAUUUCUCAUUGAGUUUCUUGUUUUGGUGCCUGACUGAACCAACCAACGACAGCCCAAAAUCUUCCCGUCUUUACGAGAGAAAA